AUGUGUUAUGCAUUCAUGUACGUACAUGUACUUGUGUAUGCAAUGUCAAUGAGAAACUCUGGAGAGCUCUAGCUAUGUGAUCAUUGAAAAGCUGAGAAAAAAGGGAUACACAAACAGAAAAAGUGAUUUGACAACUAAUUUGACGUUUUGAAACCGUUGACUGGACUAUGGCAGACCCUGCCCCUCUAGUAAACGGAGUGGACAACCCCAUCCCCUACCCAUCAAUGGCGCGGAGGAUGGCGCAGGUAGCAGCGGAGAUGUGACCCCUAACAGCGAGGACAGUGGGGUGGACUGCAUGCAUGUAGAUGCCUUAGAACUCAAGGAGGCAGUUGCCAAUGGCAACGGCAGGAGGGAUGCUGGAGAGGAGGAGGAGGGAUCGGCGGUGGAGGGGGAGGAGGAGAAGAAGAAAGAUGCUAAUGUGGAAGAUGUGAUUGUGAUCCAGGAUGCAGCCUUCAUGGUGAAGAUAGUACCUCCGGCAUGUGAAGCCUUUGAUCUACAGGUGAGUCCUCAGGAGAUGGUGCAGGAGAUCCACCAGGUCCUAAUGGACAGAGAGGACACCUGCCAUCGGACGUGCUUCUCCCUUCAACUCGAUGGCAAUGUCCUAGACAACUUUGCAGAACUCAAGAACAUCGAGGGCCUCAAAGAUAACUCUGUUAUCAAAGUCGUUGAAGAGCCAUACACAGUACGUGAAGCUAGGAUACAUGUCCGCCAUGUACGAGACCUGCUCAAAUCUCUGGAUCCAUCGGAUGCGUACAAUGGAGUGGACUGCCAGUCUCUCUCAUUCCUAUCUACAGUCCUCAGUGAAGUCGACCGGAAGCGCAGCAAAUCCUCAGCGGCAUCAGACGUGGUGGACUGCACACCUCCAGAGUUCAUCAUGCCAGCGUCUAAAGAGCGCCCUCUGUUGCCGAUGCAGCCAGCCUUCAAGGAGAACAACCGAUCCUUGAGCUGUCUCAAGGUGCUGACUCUGUCAGGAUGGAACCCACCCCCUGGCACAAGAAGGAUGCAUGGUGACCUGAUGUACCUGUACGUUGUGUGCUCUGAAGGAACGUCCUACCAUCUCACAGCAUCAACACGAGGCUUCUAUAUCAACCAAUCGACCCAGGAAGUGUUCAACCCAAAACCAGCCGACCAGAAGCACCUGUCCCACUCCCUCAUCGAAAUACUCAACAAAGUCAGCCCGAGCUUCAAGAAAAACUUUGCUCAGCUGCUCAAGAAAAGAUCUCAACGACACCCGUUUGAGAGGGUACCCACCCCGUUCCAGGUCUACUCAUGGUUAGCCCCACAGAUGGAACACACAGUCGACUCCAUAAGGGCAGAGGAUGCUUACACAUCAAGACUGGGCUAUGAGGAACACAUCCCAGGCCAGACCAGGGACUGGAACGAAGAGAUCCAGACCACUCGGGAACUAGCCCGCAAGAACCUCCCAGAGAGGCUCCUGAGGGAGAGGGCGAUCUUCAAGGUUCAUAGUGACUUUGUGGCGGCCGCAACGAGAGGAGCCAUGGCAGUCGUCGAUGGCAACGUAAUGGCCAUCAACCCUGGUGAAGAUUCAAAAAUGCAGAUGUUCAUCUGGAACAACAUCUUCUUCAGUCUUGGUUUUGACGUCAGAGAUCAUUACAAAGAUUUCGGAGGGGACCAUGCAGCCUAUGUAGCUCCUGGCAACGAUCUAAAAGGAGUGAAGGCUUACAACACAUUUGACCUGGAUGGUCUGUACGAACUAGGCACUGUGGUGGUUGAUUACCGUGGUUACCGCAUCACGGCUCAGUCCAUCAUCCCUGGUAUCUUAGAGAGAGAGCAGGAGGAGUCCGUCAUCUACGGCUCCAUCGACUUCGGCAAGACCGUGGUCACAAGCGACAAAUACAAGGAGCUCUUGACUAAGACAUCCCAGCACCUCAAGAUCCUGCCUCACAGUGUGAUGAACCAUAAAGACGAAGAGAUUGAAAUCUACUCAUCAAUAGAAUGCAAGGGGAUCAAGGGAAACGAUGGUCGUCACUACGUCCUGGAUCUUCUCAGAACUUUCCCUCCUGAUGUUAACUUCCUGCAGAUGGAGGAAGAUGAAUUUGCAGAAGACAUGAAGAAACUAGGCUUUCCCAGGCAACACAGACACAAGCUGGCCUGUCUCAGACAAGAAGUAGUGGAUGCUUUUGUAGAUCACAGAUACAUGGUCUUCAUCCGACACGCAGCGCUCAUGCUCAUGCACAACCAGCAACCGCAAGAGGGUGCCAAAGUCACUGAAAAUGGACAGUCCCAAGAAGAAGGAGAGAAUGUGAAACCGAUCGAAGAGAAGGAAACGGGUUCAGAGGUCAAAGAGAACGGUGAAUCAAAGGACAAAGUGGUCAACGGUGAUCACGAUAGCAAGAAGAUUGAAGAGGAGAAUAAGGUGGAAGAUGGAAAGAAGGAGAAAGCUAGUAAGGAAGCAAUAGUGGAUGAAAUGAAGACCAAAGGAAUCGCAGGAGCUGAUAUGUGCCCUGCGCUUAAGAGAUUGGAUUCCACAGAUGGCACCGAUCUGCCGAAGGAACUGGACAGUGCAACAGAGGAAGCGGCCAAGGCUCUAGCCACGUCACCCAAGAAAGAUGGAUUUGAUCCCAGUCAUAAGGAGGUGAUAGCUCUAGCUGCCCAGGCUGCUGGUUCAUUGAGUAGUGCUGAGUUUGAUGUACGAUUCAAUCCUGAUGUAUACGCAGAGGGUGUCAUCCACGCACCAUCAGAGGCGGAGACAUUAGUAAAGCAGAAGAAGCUACUCAAAGAUGCAGCUCGUUUCAUUGUCGCUGUCCAGAUCCCAACAUUGUAAGUCCAAGAGUGUAAGGAGCACAGCAUAGCACCCCUUGAUGGGUACACACUGGUAGAGAUGCUACAUCAAAGAGGCAUCAAUAUUCGUUACAUGGGUGUGUUAGCUGAGAAGAUAGUCACUUGUGAAAAUCUAUCCUACCUCUAUCGUAUUGUGAUCACUGAGUUGAUAUGUAGGUCAGUGAAGCACGUCUUCAAGGCUUACAUGCAAGGCAUCCCUAUGACCAAUCUGUCUGCUGCCAUCAGUCACUUCCUCAACUGUUUCCUCUCCUCCUUACCAAACCCACUACCACCGAAGGGAGAUGAUGAGUUGAGUAAUGGUCAUCACAAGAAGAAGAAGAAUAAGAAGAGGAUACGAACCGUUCUAUCUCUCGGACAAGAGAAUACAUCAUGGAGCAGCCUCACGCCCUCUGACCUCUGGACCAGUAUCAAGGUCGAAUGCAAAGAAUACUUCCAUUACAAGGUCAAAUGUGAGAGCAUAGACUCUGUCCUGGAGCGUUACAACCUCCAGAAGAUGACGCUGCUCCGAGAGUUCUGCUCCAAGCUUGGCGUCCAGCUUCUCCUGAGGGACUACGACCUGGACUCCAAGAACAAGCCACCCUUCAACGAGAACGACAUCCUCAACAUGUUCCCUCGGGUCAAACACAUCAACCCCACCGCAUCGGAUGCUUAUCACUUCUUCCAGAGCGGGCAGACGAAGAUACAGCAAGGUGGUUUCCGGGAGGGCUUCGAGCUGAUCAGCGAGGCUCUGAACCUAUUCAACAACGUGUACGGACCUAUGCACCCCGAGAUCGCUGCCUGUAUGCGCACCCUGGCUAGACUUCACUACUUGAUGGGUGAACAGAGCGAGGCCAUUGAGAUGCAACACAAGGCUGUCAUGAUGAGUGAGAGGUGCAACGGUCUUGAUCAUCCUAACACCGUCACAGAAUAUAUGCACCUGGCCCUCUACAGGUUUGCAGCAGGCCAGGCAGUGAGCGCACUCAAGCUAAUGUACAGAGCUCGUUAUCUAACGCUUCUCAUCCACGGAGAGGAUCAUCCAGAGAUGGCGCUCUUUGACAGUAAUAUUGGUCUGGUGCUUCAUGGUGUUAAUCAGUUUGAGCUGGCUCUCAAGUUUCUGGAGAAGGCUUUGGAAGUCAACAUCAAGUACUUUGGAGUUAAGAGCCUCAAGGCAGCACACACAUACCAUCUUGUCGCAAGAACUCACUCCUGCUGUGGUGACUUCCGUUCGGCAUUACGUAACGAGAAGGAUGCAUACACUAUCUAUCGCGAACAGUUUGGUGAUAACCAUGAGAAGACGAAGGAGAGUUCAGAAUGCCUGAGCUACCUCACGCAGCAAGCUGUCACUCUCCAAAAGACGAUGAAUGAGAUCAAGAAAGGAGGUCCCAAAGCAGCGUUACGUCCCAUCCCAAUCAGCCAUCCCUCCAUGAGUAGCGUGCUAGAAACACUCAACAUGAUCAAUGGAAUAUUCCUCAUCCCAGUCAGCAUCAGAGGCAUUCAGAAAGGGAACAUCACUGAAGUACAGCCCGAGAACAAAGAAGAGGCCGCCAUAGAGACCAACCCCUCUGAGAGCAAAGAAGAAGAGGCCACUGAGACCAACCCCCCUGAGAAAGUGGAAGAACCCACCAGCCCACCCUCUGAACCACAGCCAGCGGACGCAACCACUGCUCCACAGGAGGUUGAGGUGGCAAGAUAACAAUACGAGGGACCCCAUAGUCUAUGAUACAUCUAGAUAGUCAUAGUUUAUAUUGGAAUAUACAGGUAGCCGAAGUUGGAUUUUACAGAGACAUUGCAUUUAUGAUGAGUUUUGUGACAUUGAGAUUCCUCGUAGAGUUUUGAUAUAAGAAAUAUAUGCACGUGUAAGAUUUUAUUUUGUGCCUAAGUAGGCCUGCCGCCCAAGCAUUUUGCUUAAUGAAUGAGAAAACCGUUGUAAAUUUUUGUUUGACACCUGAAAACCCUGAAUGCACCACAAAAUAUCAGUUUUAAUGUCAUGUAGUAGGUCUUAAUCAUUAAUCAUUAGGUUCAAAGGCAUGCACGAAACUUGGAACAUGAUACAAUUAUCGUGGAAGCAUUGAUCUUAUUUUUUAUGAUGUAAGUUUAUACAUCUAUAUUUUGCUCUAUAUUUUGGUCAAUUUGCAAUGAAUCCAUGAUCAGGGUUUAUUUUCUGAACAGAGUGUAAUCCUAGUAUUUACCUGAUUUAAUUCAUCAUUGACCAUUUGAUUUUUGAACAAAUAGAUGAAAUUCUUGAUGAAUUCUCAUAGUGCUCACUCUUUAUUUGUAAUCAGCUGUUUGAGUUUUGAUCAGUGGGUGUUGUUUUUCAUCGAUUUAGAUAACGAUUUCUUAUCUAUUUAGAUAUUUUUUGUUAUUGGUUUCUGUUUUUAUUACAGUGUAUUGAAAGCCGUUGCAUAUUAAAUGAUUUUGUUGUAGCAGUUAAAACAUUUACUCAAAAAGUGAAAUUAAGUUUGUUAUAAUUGGUUUAGUACAUACAGCUUUGAUCAAGGCAGUAUAUAAAUAUAUAUCAUGGUGCUGAUAUGUUUUGAAAUUGAUUCUACAUUUAAUGUUUGAUCAAUUAAUAAACCUUAUUAAUUGUUUUGUAAGAAAAAGUCAUUCAGGAUGGCCAGAUUGGAAGUCUUUAGCUCAGUCGUGCAUUUUUGUUCUUUAUACCCGCUCACUAGUAUUAAUCACGUCCGUCUUUGAUGAUAGUUUAUAAAAACCAUGGCAAGUAUUCACCACCCCAAGUCUUUUCUAAACCGUUGAUGAUGAAGGAGUGAGGUAGGAUUGUCAGUGCUUGUGUCACAUUAAAUUUGGAUGGAAAGUGGUGGAUAGUCGCGCUGAAUUUCAAGUGCAGUCAGGAUUGAAAUGUAAUACAGUCAAACCUGCUUUAGUGACCACCUGUCUGACCACACUGUCAACAUUUACUUACGGAUCCUGCACAUAAAGACCUGUCUGUAAAGACCACUUUUCUUGUCUCCUAGUGUGGUCUUUAUAGACAGGUUUCACUGUAGCUUCAUUACCGUAAGCACUGGUAAAUCUCCAGUCAGAGCCCUCAACAAAGUCCAUGUUAGGUAAUAGGUAUUAAACUGAAUUUGUUAUUUGUCUCGUUGUUAUCCUCUUAAAGUAUUUGGAGGAAUGGAUUAGCUUGAUUGAUACAGGGGAAAUAUAUAAUGUGCUACUUGUCUUUGCCAGAGCAAUAAUGUUGUGUGAGUAAACCCAAGUCUUCCGCAUUUAACCAAAUCCCCAUAGUCGCGUGUAUGAAAUACAUAUAUAGAUUUAUAUGUGUAUAGUGUAAGACUCUAGUCUUACACAAGGUAUGGCCAUUUGAAUGUGAGUGUGUAUGUAAGAGUGUAUAUUUUGUAAUAAUGGCAUUAUUGAAACUUGAAAGUGAUUAGUGAAAUCUAUAUUAAUGAGUAUCUUUGAUUGGUUCUUUGUUUUGACGGUAACCGUUUGAUGAGUGAUGUGUGUAAGGGUUUUACCAACAUGGUAGGGAAUUAUACUGAUUAGAUUAUACAUGUGUUAAUGAUGUAUUUGCCAUUUAAUUCAAUGUUUUGUAUUCUUUUAUGUUUUUGAAGGUUUAAAAUGAGUAAGGUUUUACUUACAAUGUUUAUUUGAAUUUUUAUUUUGAAAGUUUAUUUGAUGUCGAGGCACUACAUUCAAGAUUCAUGAAAGUAGUUGGAUUUGAUUCUCGGUUUAUCAUCAUUUUUUCACCAUAUUGCAUGGGCUGUAACCCCCCCCCCCCCCCCCCCCCCCCUCCCCCGAAAAUGGACAACAUUACUAGAAUCCUAAGAUGUAACCGGUGUUUUCAUAUCAUUGAUUAGAAUUGUUAAUCUGUUCUUUGUUGGCCCAAAUCUAUCUUGAAACUAAACUUGUUUAUACAUAUAGAUACUGUGAUAGACAAAAAAGGUUCCAUUUUCUUUUUGUGGGCUACAAUUGCCCCAUUUUCCCCAGAGGAUUUUCUUUUCCCUUUUCCCCCUCAUAUAACAAUGUUUCUCACCAUCCUUUAGAGUUGCAGGUUACAUCACAACAAGCAUACUUUUAAAAAGGUACAAAAUUAUUAUGUCCCAUACAUUACCGAUCACUUCUGUUAUCCUAGUAGGUCUGUAUAUUUUACACAGUCAUAAGCCCUACUAGAGCUUGGAUCAGACUAAAGAUAAAGGAAAAUUACAAUCUCAUUGUCCAGUAAUGUUCGGUUUCAAUUAUUCUUAGUAUUGUACGGGACACCAACUGACCAAAAUACCUUGGGUUUGUCCAAAAUCAACCAAUAUUUUUGCUUUGUGACAAUACAUCUAGUCCUGCACAUCUGUUCUGACGUCUGUUUGGAGCUUUAUUUGUCAUCAUUAUCAUAUAUUUUAUUUGUUAUAGUGUUGGUAUCAUUGAAAGGUUGAAAUGGUCAUCAUCAUUCAGGUUUUAUAUUUCUUUGGGUUGUAUAUUCAAGGUGACAUCAUUAUAGCUGUGUAAUAAUCAAGAGUUUAUUAUUUCCUUCAUACUUGUGAUAGCAAAGACAAACAUCGAGUGAAAGAAUUUCAAUACAACAAAAACUUUUUGGUUGAAAACUAUAUUGGAAUCUUACAGGGGAUAAAUUCUUAUCACGCACAGAAGUGCAAAGAAAUGCAGACUUUGGGCUCACUCAUUAUUUACAAAUGCUAUCACGCUAGUUGAAUUACGAUGUACAUUUUGUGAAAAUUGGGACCAAAUGUUGCUCGCUCUUAAUUUUUGGAGAAUUCAACAUUACCUUUUUUUAGAAUCAAUCAACAACUGCUGGUAAGAUCGUGUUUGGGUAAACACAUCCUAGAGUCUGCUUUUUUGUUAAGCUCUUCAAUAUUGUCUUAUUUCUUUUAUGUUUUUCACUUCUUUCUAUUACCUGUGUGUCUCUUAGAGAGUAGAUUUGCGGUACAACCAUAUGGGUAGGCCUUGAAAGGAGCGUUUGUAUUAUUUAGUGUUGAUUGUGAAGUCCUGAAAAGAGACUGAGAAACAAUAAAGACUUGUGUGUCUCUUGUCCUUCACGUUUUUAUCUAUUUGAUGUUUCCAGCACCUUCCUUUCUUUCCCUUUCCCUUACACAGGAUAAUCGUAUUUUAUAAAGUGUCCAGUGUGAUGUCACAAAUAAUGAUAUUCUUACCAAAGUUUGUAUAUUGGGUUCUGUUAACGACUCAAGUGGAUAAUUUGUAGGUUACAGUAAAUAUAAGAUUUAGAUGGUUCGGGAAAAUGUGCGCCGAUUACUAACAUGCCGAGUUAAAUGCAAUUUCAUAGCAUUACAGAUGUAAAUUUGGGUGUUGUAUCCUACUAAUUGAUAAUGCUAAAUUGAAUUUGUGCAUUUACAGGUUUUCCAUGAGAAAACAUUAUGUUGUUGCAGAGUAAUAUGGACUUCAACAGGUACAUCAAUUUCAGUAUUUCAGGGAUGUAAAUCAAGUCUACAAAUUAAGUCUUUGUAGAUGACUGUACUUUAUAUAAGACCAUUGACAAUUUAAUUGUGAUUUGAAUUUUAAAUAAAUCCAAAAUUUAUCGACAUAAUCAAAUGUAUUUCAAUCCAUUAUCCACCUAAUGUGUAUUUCAAAAUAGAGAUUGUGAAUUGGCUAAUCAUAUAUGUAACUUCAAGAUAUUAUGUUGUUGCAUUAUGACAGUGUUUCACAACGAUGUAGAAAGGAGUCGUAGAAAAUGUGCAAAUCUAUAACCUUGUGUAAUGAGUUUGAAUAUUAAGAGAAAUUUGUGGAACUGGUGAAAUAAAAGAAAUUCCAUUCAUCCAUUAAAACUGUUGUUCUUGUCACAUAUUUUGUUCAAUUUUAAAGACUCUUCAAAUUUCUAUAAUUUUUUUAAUUUUGUGAUGAUUUUCUCACUCCAAUUAGGGAGUAAUCUGAUUUUGAUCCGAUCUCCUAAACGUAACUUUUCUACAUACAUUACAUACAAUGUAGUGAGACUACGAACAUGGAAUUAUCGAGGGAGGAUUUUACACUUCGAUUAAUGGAGCCAAACUUCACAAACCCAAUCCGUUGGUCAUAAUAUUAAGGAAUCAACAAUGAAGAUAUGUCUUGUAUAAAACAUCCAUAAUUUAAACCAAGUAAUUGGAUGCAAUUAGACAUAACAUAAGGCCUUUGCUUUAUGUGUUUCGAUUAAUUGCUUUUUUCUUCUAAACCUGUCGGGUGAAUUUGGAGUCCAGAGUAAUUAUGCUUGUCAAAUAUUAUGGAGCAGAAUGGAUGUUUUAUGUGUAUAGAACCAUGAUUUUGAUGUUUACUGAAAGGUUUGCAAUAAAUUUUGAUUGUGAAGGCCUGAAAUUUGGAAAGAUGGUAA